UACACCCCCCCCCCCCAAGCAGCCGCCGGGCCGGGCGUAGCGCUGCCCCUUUUGUCCCUCCGGCGGACCCGUAGGAUGCCGCCCUUCGACCCGCCGCGGCGGGGUGAGGGGUCGGGCGGCCAUCUUGUGGCGGCGGCGGCGGCGGGUGGCGGUCGGUGAGCACCCCCCGGCCCCGCAGGCCCCGGUGAGCAGCCCCCGGCCCCAUAGCCCCCACUGAGCAGCCCCUGGCCCCGCAGCCCCCGGCCCCAUAGCCCCCAGUGAGCAGCCCCCGGCCCCGCAGCCGCCGGUGAGCAGCCCCCGGCCCCCAGUCCCCUAGCCCCCAGUGAACAGCCCCCGGCCCCGCAGCCGCCGGUGAGAAGCCCCCGGCCCGCAGCCCUCGGCCCCCCGGCCCCGCAGCCACCAGUGAGCACCCCCCGGCCGCGCAGCCAUGUCGUCUUUCUCCGAGUCGGCGCUGGAGAAGAAGCUGUCGGAGCUGAGCAACUCGCAGCAGAGCGUGCAGACGCUGUCGCUGUGGCUCAUCCACCACCGCAAGCACGCCGGGCCCAUCGUGUCCGUCUGGCACCGGGAGCUCCGCAAAGCAAAAUCGAGUAGGAAGCUGACUUUCCUGUACUUGGCAAACGAUGUUAUCCAGAACAGUAAGCGGAAAGGCCCCGAGUUCACCAGGGAGUUUGAAUCUGUUCUGGUGGAUGCUUUUUCUCACGUUGCCAGAGAGGCAGAUGAGGGCUGCAAGAAGCCCUUGGAGCGAUUGCUUAACAUCUGGCAAGAAAGGAGUGUGUAUGGCAGCGAGUUCAUACAGCAACUGAAGCUUUCGAUGGAAGACUCCAAUAGUCCCCAGACUAAAGUUGCAGAGGAGAAGAAGUCAUUAAAGCGAACUUUUCAGCAAAUACAAGAGGAGGAAGACGAUGAUUACCCUGGGAGCUACUCACCCCAAGACCCCAGCGCUGGGCCACUGCUGACGGAGGAUUUGAUCAAAGCCCUACAAGACCUGGAAAACGCAGCAUCAGGAGAUGCUACAGUGCGGCAAAAAAUUGCCUCUCUGCCUCAGGAAGUUCAAGAUGUUUCAUUACUGGAGAAGAUUACAGACAAAGAGGCCGCGGAGCGUCUUUCGAAGACGGUAGAUGAAGCGUGUCUGCUGCUGGCAGAGUACAACGGGCGGCUGGCGGCUGAGCUGGAGGACAGGCGCCAGCUGGCUCGCAUGCUCAUCGAGUACACCCAGAACCAGAAGGAUGUGCUGACGGAGAAGGAGAAGAAGCUAGAAGAGUAUAAACAGAAGCUUGCUCGGGUAACCCAGGUCCGCAAGGAGCUGAAAUCCCACAUCCAGAGCCUUCCAGACCUGUCACUGCUGCCCAAUGUCACAGGGGGUCUGGCACCUCUGCCAUCUGCAGGUGACCUGUUUUCAACAGACUAGAACAAACAGUGUCCCCCAGUUUCCAUUGUUACCAGCAGAAGUAAGAAGACUCUGGUGUUGACUGGAAAUCCAGUCUUCCACGAUCUGCAGUAGGAAGGAACUUGCAGACCCAGCUUUCAACCUCUUGGCUGCUCGUGCUCACCCUCUCUCUGUGUACGCUGGCUCACGUAGAGGGGAGGCAGAGGAGUUUCUGUGAGCUCUGAAGGGAGUGGGGGUAGCCCGUGUAGGCAAACUUUUAUCAUAUUUUCCAUACUCUUUAGUUGUUGUUUGCUCUUAGCACUUGUUACCCCCACAAAAGUCAUGAGAAUCAUGUACAUACAAGCGGGGAAAGCCUUCAAAGGAAGGCUGACCAUAUAACAUUUUUUCCUCUGUAAAAGUAUUGUAUCAUUUCUGAAUAAGUCCUGUGUGUUUUAGUUGGGUUUCUGAACCUCAACUCUGAGAGCAGUGGAGUGGCUCAUGGGCUCAGAGGGAUGUGUGUGUGUGUGUGUUUGUGUGUGUGUGCAAGUGCUGGGCCCUGUCAGUGGAAGAGGGUGGCAUCACCUGAGCAGUGGUGCAGAGAAAUACUGUUCUGAAGUCAGCAGUUCUUCAUACUGUUGUGGGACUGACAUGGAGAAAGUUCCCGUUUGGCAUGAACCUAAACUGAAACUCACCACAGGCAAUAAAAAUGAGCAGCUUUUCUUUGUGAAUUAGAGAGCUGCAUAAUUCACUCUGCUGAGCGAUGCAGGACUGGCUGUUACCCCAGUGAGAGGGGAAGUAAAUUCUGUUCUAGCCACCUUGGAUUUUAUACCACAUUUUUCCUCUCCAUUGUACAAAACCAGAUGGUCACAGGAGCUUUGGUUUAACUGACAGAUUGGAAUGGUGUAUUGCAGCUGUUGGUGUCCCUGUGGCAGGCUCUGACCUGCUCUCGGGAUGGUUACAUGGAAAACACAAUUCUCUAAGUUGUCACCAUGGCUUUAGUGACUUUACUCCAGCACAGAAGUUAAAUGUGGUAUAAAUACUGAUUUAUGGGGACAAUAGACCCAAGUGUAUGCACAUGCCCUGUGUGCACACACACCGUGUCCAUGCAUGUAGCUAUGGCAAGGAUGUACCUCACUCUGUGCAGAGACUGUUGUGAGUUGAUUUUUAUCAUCUGGAAAAGUAAAAAAAAAUGGGGGGGCAGCAAAUUGAAGCUGCUCUGAAAUCCAUCAUGUUGCCAGCUGGGAUUUUACCUGCCCUGGGUGUCAUCACACUUUGGGUUGUGUGUUAGGUCUGAGAAGCUGGAUUCUGAUCACUGAAAACCAUUCCAAUUUGGAUAACAAUUGUGUUUCAGUUGAGCACCUCUCACUAGAACACAGGGAAAGCAAGUGAAGUUUCUGGAAACCCUUGAUCUGGUAAUGCAGGCUGGAAUGGGUGGAAGUGCCCUGUUGUGCUUCUGCUUCCCUAUAGGAUUAAGCUGCUGUUGUCAAAGGCACCAGAGGACACCUACAGAAAUGAAAAGCUUGUUCUGCAUCCUCCUUGAUAUAUUUUGCAGGCUAUUCAGUAGCCUACUCAAUGCAGCAUAGUUUGGUCAUUAGGUGGGUAGGAAGUUCAUAUCCUUUUCUUAACAGUGCUUCCUUUUGUUAAAACUCCUCCUGCCCUCAGUGCCCAGCCAGGAAAUGCAUUUCUGUCCAGUUUACAGGAAACUUUCCAGCAGCAGAACUGUUCGUUCCAGGAGCUGCUGUGAUUGUACGUCCUCUCUGUUCCCAGUGUGGUUUACACAAAGCACUGUACAUUUGCUCUGCUUUUGCCAAAAAUGAAAGCCCAGCCACCACUCCCCUGCAUCUCACCCCCCAAACCAGAAGCCUCGCUUCUGUCCCAACCCAGCUCAUGGAGGUACCAGGAGGCUGUUCUAACCCACGAUUGUUUUGACCAUGGAUUGAUUGUGUAUCUGUUCUAGGACAAAAGAGCUGUCAGGAAAACCAGUCCUGUAGACAAACAUGGAGUCACCUCACGCUGCUCUGGGCAGCUCUGGGAGGGAGCUGUGUGUCUUUUUUUAAUGGCAACGUUUUGGUUUUUCUUUUCCAAAUACAUGUGUGUGGUUUAUUUUUGCUUAAUUUAAAUGAAGUCUUGUGGUUCUUAAUUUUAUUUGUUUUCCCUUUGGGCAUCUGGGGAAGGGGGUGACCUUCUCUCAAGGUUGAACAGAUUUCUCCAAGGUGUGUGUCUCCUUUUUGAACAGCAGCUUAAAUGUGUAUAUGCAUUGAUUUAGGAGUUGCUCUAGGCGUAUAGGCUGCCGUUUGUGGCAGCAGUAUAUUCUGAAAUGUCUCAUAGAUCUCUAUUUUUGAAUAAAGCGGGUGUCGUUCACUA